AUGGCGGAGACCGAGGAGCAGGGGUCGCGGGCAGCUGCUGGGGGACCCGACGGAGACGAGGACGAGGAGCGGGAGCCGCUGUUGCCAAGGCCGGGCCGGGCCCCGCCGGGCUGCGCAGUGAGGGUCAUCUGGAGUCCGGAGGGAGGAGGGGACGAAGAGACCUCGUCGGACCGAGCAGAGGAGGAAUUGCUGCUCCUGCCCGGGGGAGAGGCCACCGAGGCUGCCCGUGGGGGCCGCGGCCGUAGUGCCCGGCGGAGCCCCUCCUGUGACAGCCAUCGCCUCCUCUCGUCAGUACAUUUUGGAGGUACUUCAGAGAUGAACAUAUUCUUGGAGGAUCCAGAAUUUGCUGAUAUAAUACAGAGAGCAGAACAAGCAAUAGACUGUGGAGUUCUCCCAGAAAGAAUCUCUCAAGGUUCUAGUGGGAGUUAUUUUGUCAAGGAUCCCAAAGGGAAAAUUAUUGGCGUCUUUAAACCAAAAUCUGAAGAGCCUUAUGGUCAUCUAAAUCCAAAAUGGACCAAAUAUUUUCAUAAGAUCUGCUGCCCUUGCUGUUUUGGCAGAGGUUGCCUUGUUCCUAAUUAGGGAUACCUUUCUGAGGCUGGUGCCUAUCUUGUAGAUGAAAAGCUUGCUUUGGGAGUUGUACCUAAAACAAAGGUGGUCUGGCUUGUGAGUGAGACAUUUAACUACAGUGCAAUAGAUCGUGCAAAAUCAAGAGGCAAAAAAUAUGCUUUUUUGGUAAAAGUACCAAAAGUGGGCAAAAAAUUCCAUCGAAUAGGACUACCUCCCAAGGUGGGCUCCUUUCAGAUGUUUGUUGAUGGUUAUAAGGAAGCUGAUUAUUGGCUUAGGAAAUUUGAAGCUGAUCCUUUACCUGAGAAUAUUAGAAAACAGCUUCAGUCACAGUUUGAGAGAUUAGUUGCCUUGGAUUACAUCACCAGAAAUACAGACAGGGGAAAUGAUAAUUGGCUAGUCCGUUAUGAAAAGUAGAGUGAUGGGAGUGACAGUUCCAGUAAGGAAACAGAGUGGACUACUAAUAAAGAAUCUCUUAUUAAAAUUGCUGCAAUUGAUAAUGGUCUAGCAUUUCCUUUUAAACAUCCUGAUGAAUGGAGAGCAUAUCCUUUUCACUGGGCAUGGCUCCCUCAAGCAAAAGUUCCUUUUUCUGAAGAAACUAGAGAAUUAAUUCUCCCACGUAUUUCUGAUAUGAACUUUGUACAAGAUUUAUGUGAAGACCUUUAUGAACUUUUUAAGACUGAUAAAGGAUUUGACAAAGCUACUUUUGAAAAUCAGAUGUCUGUAAUGAGAGGCCAGAUUUUGAACCUUACUCAAGCAUUAAAAGAUGGAAAGAGUCCUCUUCAGCUAGUACAAAUGCCAUGUGUGAUUGUGGAACAAAAUCAGAGUGGAAGUCAAGGCCGAAUUGUUCAUCUGAGUAAU